CGCGCCGCUCAGUCCAGUGAGUCACCGUUCGCGCUGGAAUACCGAGAGGAAAAGAGCGGCGGAUAACGAACGGAAACCGGGAAAAGAGCUGGAGCUGCGAGCAUGGCGGUCGAGGAGGAAGGUCUUCGGGUUUUCCAGAGUGUCAAAAUAAAAAUCGGUGAAGCGAAGAACAUCCCUCCGUAUCCGGGUCCGAAUAAGAUGCGGGAUUGUUACUGCACAGUCAACCUGGACCAGGAGGAAGUGUUCCGAACCAAAACCUUAGAGAAGUCCUUAUGUCCGUUCUAUGGUGAGGACUUUUAUUGUGAAAUCCCUCGCAGUUUCCGCCAUCUGUCCUUCUACAUCUUUGACAGAGACGUGUUCAGGAGGGACUCCAGCAUCGGUAAAGUGGCCGUGAAGAAGGAAGACCUGCAGAAAUACCACGGUAAAGACCACUGGUUCCCGCUGCAGCCGGUGUGUGCAGACUCAGAGGUGCAGGGAAAGGUUCACCUGGAGCUGCGUCUCAGUGAGGUCAUCACAGACAGCGGCGGCGUCUGCCACAAGCUGGCCACACGGGUUCUGGAGUGUCAGGAUCUGCCGAUAGUGAAUAACCAGUGUGAUCCGUAUGCUGCCGUCUCGUUACUCGGCCCCUCCAGGUCAGAAGCCAAGAAGACGAAGGUCAAACGGAAAAACAACAAUCCUCAGUUCGAUGAGGUCUUCUUUUUUGAGGUGACCAAACCGUUGAGCUACACCAAACGCCAGUUUGACGUGGAAGAGGACGACGUGGAUAAACUCGCGCUCAAGGUGGAUCUGUGGAACGCCAGCAAUCUGAAGUUCGGAGAUGAGUUUCUGGGAGAGGUACGGGUGCCGCUGAAGGUGCUGGGACAGUCGGGUGUGCACGAUGCAUGGUACUUUCUACAGCCCAGAGAUAACGGCAAUAAAUCGGUGAAGGCUGAUGAGCUGGGCUCGUUACGACUCAACAUCGUUUACACGGAGGACCAUGUGUUCCCCACGGAGCAUUACAACCCACUCCGAGACCUGCUGCUGCAGUCGGCGCACCUCGAGCCUGUCUCGGCGUCCGCGGCUCAUAUCUUGGGCGAGGUGUGUCGUGAGAAGCAGGAGGCGGCCGUUCCUUUGGUGCGACUUUUCCUGCACUACGGCAAAAUCGUGCCUUUCCUCAGUGCCAUCGCCCACGCCGAGAUCAGCCGCACGCAGGAUCCCAACACUAUAUUCCGGGGAAACUCGCUGACGUCCAAAUGCAUCGAUGAGACCAUGAAGCUGGCCGGGAUGCAUUACCUGCGCGUCACGCUCAAACCCAUCAUCGAUGAGAUCUGCACAGACCACAAACCCUGUGAGAUCGACCCCGUCAAGCUGAAGGAGUCCGAGAACUUGGACACCAACAGGGAAAACUUGCGUCAGUACGUGGACCGGAUCUUUAACGUGAUCACCAGCUCGGGUGUGAGCUGCCCGACGGUCAUGUGUGACAUCUUCUUCUCGCUGCGAGAGUCUGCGGCGUCACGCUUCCAGGUUGACCCGGAUGUGCGGUACACAGCUGUUAGCAGCUUCAUCUUCCUCCGUUUCUUUGCUCCUGCCAUCCUCUCUCCGAACCUCUUCCACCUGCGUCCGCAUCACCCGGAUCCGUACACGUCUCGGACGCUGACGCUCGUUUCCAAAACCAUCCAAACUCUGGGAAGCCUGGCCAAGUCCAAAUCUGCCAACUUCAAAGAGUCCUACAUGGCUGCGUUCUACGACUACUUCAACGAGCAGAAGUACGCAGAUGCAGUGAAGAACUUCCUGGAUCUGAUCUCGUCCUCGGCCCGCUGGGAUCAGAAGAGCAUCGAGACGCCCAUCAUGCUGAAGGAAGGAUUCAUGAUCAAACGAGCUCAAGGGCGAAACCGCUUCGGUCUGAAGAACUUCAAGAAGAGAUGGUUCCGGCUGACCAACCACGAGUUCACUUACCACAAAACCAAAGGUAACGCAAAAGGAGAGGGCGCUCUGUGCAGCAUCCCUAUUGAGAACAUCCUGGCUGUAGAGAGACUCGAGGAAGAGUCCUUCAAAAUGAAGAACAUGUUCCAGGUCAUCCAGCCGGAGAGGGCGCUCUACAUCCAGGCUAAUAACUGUGUGGAGGCGCGCGACUGGAUCGACAUCCUGACCAAGGUCAGUCAGUGUAACCGCAAGCGUCUGAGCACUUACCACCCGUCUGCGUUCCUCAACGGACACUGGCUCUGCUGCAAGCUGUCUGCGGACACGGCUCCCGGCUGCACGCCCUGCACAGGGGGACUUCCAGCCAACAUCCAGCUGGAUGUAGACGGAGACCGAGAGACGGAGCGGAUCUACUCGCUCUACAGCACAUACAUGGCCAAACUAGUCAAGAUGCAGGAGGCGUGUGGCAGUAAGUCGGUGUACGACGGUCCUGAGCAGGAGGAAUACUCCACGUUUGUGAUCGACGACCCGCAGGAGACGUAUAAGACCCUGAGACUCGUCAUCUCAGCCGUACAGACACUGGAGCAGCAGCACAUGCAGUACAAACGAGACAAGUUCAGGAAAACCAAGUACGGCAGCCAGGAACAUCCAAUCGGUGAUCAGAGCUUCCAGUGUUACAUCCGUCAGCAGUCAGAAAGCUCCACCUACUCCAUCUGACCACGCCCACUGCAGACACCGUUCCACGGCAACAGUCGCGUCUCAGACAGGAAGGCGGUCACAGACGAAAGCUAAACCUCUGGUGUUUUUAUACGGUUUUAACCAAUCAGCAGCCGCCAUGCACAUCCAUGGACGAUGUAGCUCCGUUUUAACGUUUGAUGAUGUUUUUAAGCUAGGAGACGAGCAGACGUCCUCUAGCGGUGGAUGUUUUUAUAACAGAGUAUUGGACUGUAGGACAGAUGUCACGAUCCUCUGCUUUGACAGGCUCUGGUUGUGGAUGUGAGAGCUGUAAGCGUGUUUUGAACUCUGCUCUGUUUCUGCCUGCUCUUCCCUCCGUUCACACGCGUCCAGUAUUGAUGUCACGCCCGCAGAAGCAGCGCUGCAUUGUGGGAAGCGUGUGGUGUGGUGUCUUACAGCAUGCAGAUGUCCAGCAUGUGGCGUGGCGCUGAUGGUUUGUGGGUCCAGUCGUGUUCAGCAUCACACUUGUGUUUUUAUACUCUCUGUUACGUCUCACGUCCUGUAAAUUCACUGAUAUCCUGCUCUGGUUACAGCAUGUGUGUGUGUGUGUGUGAGAGAAUCUGAAAUAAGGAUCAUGAGUGUGUUUCAUUGAUUAAUUAUCAAUAAUAAUUCCCAGUUCAUCACAUCACACUUUAUAGAGAUAUUUAAUAUGGAUUUACUAUUUUGAUGCAUUUCAUAAAACCUGUCAAGAUCAUGUCCUGCUCAAACUUCACCCUGAAAUCAUAUAAUAUUAAUAUAUUAUAAAUAUAUAUCUAAUAAUAUACAAAUAAUAAUUAAUAUUAAAAUACGUAUAAUAUUAAAAUAUUAAAAUCACAUUAUUUUAAUGCAAAAUAUUUUACUGUAAU